AUGGCAACAACAAUAUCAAAUUUACCUAAUCAAGAACAACCCCAAAUGCAAGGGGAUGUGCCAUACACACAAGUUGUACCGAACAACAAUGUGUGGCGUAACAAUAACAAUAAUAAUAACAAUAACAACAACGACUACAACAACAAAGGAUCGAUAGGUCCAUUUUUUGCUGUUAUGUCUGUGUUGGCUGUUCUAGCAAUAAUUUCAUGUCUUGUUGGUAGGUUUUGGCUAGGGAAGGAAGAGACUCCCCUAGAGAGUAUCAAGUACAGGGGAUCCUGUUUCGGGUGGCUUAAACGACGUUGGCGUUGGCCUUUUGCUAGGGGCGCUGAUGUUGGAGGUGUUAGAGGUGGGAAGGUGGCUGCUGUUGCUCCUCCUCUUGCUGAUGAAAAUGACAAUUAG